AUGAGCAAUAGUCAAUCCAACAUUGAAAUGUCUACUUUAAUAAAUAUAUCUGAUGAUCAGUUAUUGAAAGAUAAACAAAUAAUUGAUGGAAAAUGGUUUGGAUCUAGUUCAAUGCAAGGAUGUCGUCCAUCAAUGGAAGAUUUUCAUCAACAUUUAACGUAUUUAAGUAAUCAUUAUUUAUGGAAACAAUAUUCUUAUUUUUCUAUAUUUGAUGGUCAUUCAGGUUCUGGUACAGCACAUUAUGCAUCUAAUAAUCUUCAUCGUCAUAUUCUCAAUGAAUUUCAUCGAAUGAUUGAACACAAAAGACAUCAAUCUGAAAAUAAGAAAAUUCAUCGAAAAGAAUUUCAUCAUAAACCAGAUGAUCCAAAUGAAGAAGAACGUAUUCAUGAAGCAGGAGGUCACAUAACACAAAAAUCAUCAAAAGAUGUUUUACGUGUUGAACGACGUCUUGCAAUGACAAGAAAAUCAGUUUGUUCCCCCUUGGUACCGCCUAUUCCUGAUAUAAUCAUUUAUUCUCGAAAAUCAUCAGCGGCAUUUAUUAUUAUUGCAUCUGAUGGUAUUCAGAAUGUUAUGUCGAAUGAACAAUUUGCUUCAUUUGUAUUUCAACGAAUAUCAAUAAUAAAAUUAGAUCAAAUUGCAUCACAAUUGUUAGAUCAUUGUUUAGAAAAACAAAGUCGUGAUAAUAUGACUGUAUAUAUCAUCAAAGUUUAA